AAAGUUAUUAACGAGCCUACUCUCUGCUCUCAACAUGAAAAAGUAUUUCUUCUUUAUACUGUUCGCACUACAUAUGAUCAUUUUGACCGUCGAGAAGUAUUAAGGAAUAUUUUCUCAAAUAUCCCAGAAGAUUCUUGUGCAAAAGAUGUCCCCAUUAAACACCUUUUUCUUUUCGGUAAACCAAAUAAUUCUACAAUUGAAUCCUUCAUUCAAAAGGAGAGUGAAAGGUAUCAUGAUAUCCUCCUGGAAGAUUUCAAGGAAUCGUAUGUUAAUAUUUCUUUAAAAACGAUUAUGGCAUGGAAAUAUAGUGUGGAGUUCUGUGCUAAUGCUGAGUAUGUUGCAGUAAUGAAUGAUGAAGCUUUCAUAGAUCUGAACAGGCUCGUGUCAUGGCUUGGCCAUGAUUUAUCUAAAGGCAAAUAUGAUGACCAUUUUGCUCUUUGUUAUCGUAUUGGCAACACAUCUGCUUUGCACAGACAUAUUACACAGUUUAGACAAUUAGACAAGGAAAUAUUGUAUAGAGGAGAUUUCUAUCCUCCAUAUUGUCAUGGCUUUGGUUAUAUAGCACAUAUUAAUAUAAUCAAUAAACUCUAUCUGGCAGCCUUGCAGAAUGCUUAUUACAUGCCGACUGAUGUUUGGAUUGGUGUAUUGGCAGAAAUGCUAAAUAUUAAUAUAAUUCACCAUAAAAAUCAAUUUAUUUUCCAGAGUGUUUUGAAACAUUAUGUAUUUGAGAAAUAUCAGAAAUCUCGUACCAUUGUAGCAGUAUGUGAUUUUGAAAAUGAAAAAAGUGAAACAGCAAAAUUAAUGAGGAGUCUUUAUCAAAUGAUUUAUACUUAGAAUGGCGAUAAUAUUAAAUAGAUUAUAUCAAUGAAGCACAUAACAAUUCAUAUUGAUGAGAACUAAUUUAGAGAAGUGAAUUUGAAUUGUAUAUUUAUAUGAUCCUUUUGUUUCUUACUUGCAUGUUUUAAGCCAUGCCUUCUAAGUGUCCUUAGUAUUCAAAUGCAAAACUGAAAUGCAUCACUAGCCCAGCAAAUGUCAUUUAUGCCUGAGUCCAUGUUUAAAAUCUUUAAAAUUUUAUCUAAUGAUGAUGUAUUGUAUAUUAUGAUGUAAUCUUUUAUAACUGUAUUAAAUAAAACUACCAAAACAGCU